UAUGCUCAAGCGUCUUCAGAUGUAAACAUGUCAAAUUGGAUAUCAGUAUAAACAUUGCAUAACUGAGGAUUUAUACAAUUUGAUACUCCUACUCAGGAAAAGGAUAACCAUGGUUGAAAUUAAGAAAAUUCUGGGUCGAAGCAGAUCGGUUGUCAUUGAGGAAAUUCGAAUGAAAAAGUCAUUGACCUUGUUCAGUUGUGUAUCAAUUUUGUGUUCAGUGACAGGUCAUAUCUCUGUUUUUGUUGCUCCAACCGCAAUAUUAAAGUACACAGGAUCUGUAGGAUUAUCAUUGAUAUUAUGGAUAUUUGGAGGUGUUAUGAAUCUUUUUCUUGCACUUUGUUUCACAGAGCUAGCAACUAUGUUUCCAAAAGCUGGGGGACCCUAUUUUUUCAUUUUGAAAGUGUUUGGGCCUUUCUCAGGAUUUAUGAUAAUGUGGGGGUAUAUAUUGUUGAUCACGGGACCGUUCUGGGCAUUUGUGUCAUACUGUGCAUCACUGUAUAUUUUGCAGCUAUUCUUUGUAAACUGUGAACCUCCUGAUGUUGCUGUCAAGUUGUUUGCUGUCUGGAUCCUCGUAUCCUUUGUAGCCAUCAACUGUGUUUAUGUGAAGUUAGUCACAAAGAUCCAGUCAAUACUAACACUCACGAAGAUACUGGCUUUACUGCUGAUAAUAGUAUGUGGUGCUAUUAGUUUAGCUACAGAUGGACCAGAGAAUAUAUCAGAUGUUUGGGAAGGAACGGUUGAUAAACCAAUUGUUGUUGCCAUGGCAUUUUUCUUCUCUGUCUUCACAUUUGGGGGAUGGCAGAUCGUUGUAAAUUUGAUGGAAGAAGUUAAAAACCCCGGCAGAGAUUUACCGAGAGCGAUACAUGUCAGUUUCUUGAUAAUCACAUUAGAAUUUGUUCUAGUAAACUUGGCAUACUAUGUUGUACUCACCAAGCGAGAAAUACUCCAGUCAGCGGCCAUAGCCGUGUUAUUUUUUGAAAAGUUCUAUUCUCCGCUGAAACCAGUGCUUUCUAUUCUUGUUGCUGUAACUGCAAUAGGUGUCCUAAAUGCUUCGAUACUCGGUCAUUCAAGAGUGCUGUUAGCUGCUGCCAGGAACAACCAAGCACCAUUCUUCCUUUCUAUGAUUAGUACAAAAUUCUUCACUCCUUGGCCAGCAAUUUUCGCAUUGCUUGUAUGGUCCAGUAUUAUGUUAUUAUCAGGGGAACUGUUUACAUUCAUGGAGCUGAUAAGUCUGUUCUCGUUGCUGCUUAGUCUCUCUGUGGUCGUCGCACUGCUUUACCUCCGCUGGAAGCAGCCUCAUGCUGAAAGACCCUAUAAGGCAAGUUUGUAUAUACCGAUAUCCCAGCUUGUGUUGUUAGUGGUGGUGUUUAUGUUGUGUGUAUAUGAAGAACCUUACAAACUUGGACGAGGUCUGGUUAUCUUAGCUGCUGGUAUACCGUUUUAUAUCGUGGGAGUAAAGUGGAAAAGCAAGCCAAAAAUUUAUACAAAUUAUAUGGAGCGACUUACUCUCAGCGUACAGAAAACUUUGUUAGUGAGCAAAUCAGAAUAGUUAGCAAAGAAGCUAGGAUCUAACGAAACAAGGCUACACACGUGAGUGCCAUUCCACAAGCGAAAGUCUGGAUGACAGCUGAAAUACAUGUAAACAUCCAGUCUUGUAAGGUUUAAUUUUUAAUCAGACGAACUAUUUAUUACAACUAUAUGCUGAGGCUGUAACCAAGGUGCUAUAUAAUGGUGUUUAAAUAAAAAUAGCAUUUUUAACUCAGGAAAAAUGUCUUCCAUUAUUUCAAGUUUAUUUUGCUAUUUUUAACUAUAUUUGUACAUUUUCAAGAGUCGGUUUCAUAUCCAGUGUAACCAAUGACAAGUAGCAUUUAUUUACCAAAUACUAGUAUUAGUAUUUUUUACUAUUUGAUAAUUAUAUUGAGAUACAUUUGUUGUGUUGCAGCUGUUGUUGCAUCAAUGGUUUAAUGAAACAUGUUAUCGAAUCAGUAUUGAUCAGUCUUUUCUUGUUGGACAUUUGUUCUCGUUUUUUGUUUUCUUGUCAAUUUUUAAAUUUACUUACAGUUAUUUGAUUUGUUAUUUUUUUUUCAAGACGAUCCGUCUUACUGUAUAUUUUUACAAUGUUACACGGCAUAAAAUCGUGUUAAUAUUUUAUAUAUGAUGUUCACGUGUGACGUUUUUAUUUAUAUUAAUGACUUUUCUUUAAAGUAUUCAAGAGCUUUAUUGUUUCAUGACGUACAAGCGUGUGUUUGUUUGUUGCGAAUUAGUAUUAUAUACACUAAGCAAUAAUUACAUUUAGUCAGAUUCAGUUCGCAUAAUGAUUAUUCUUUAUGGACCGGCGUAGAAUACCUCAUUCAUAUCUGUGCAAAAAUCUUUUUCAAGCGUUUAGAAUAUAAUUGUAAUGCUGCAUGUUCUGCGGAAAUAAUUGAUAUCCUAUCCAGCUAAAAAGUUGCAAAAUUGUCAUGUGACAACUUUCAUGUAAACACAUUGAACCAUUUUAUGCUUCUAAAACCUCGAAUAUUUUUAGCUUCCGACUGACAUCACCAAAUAUGGUACUGAAGUCGAAAGCAGACAUUACCAAACAAGAGAAUUACAAUACUGAAGUGGAAAACCAUAUUUACAUCCCGAAAAUAAACCAAUUUUCUGCGUAGUUAUUGAAAUACUGCUACAUGAUCGUCCUGCAAAAAACAACCUUUUCAAAGGACAUUUCUUAAACUUUAAAUACAAAACAGUCGUAUAUCACGUAUAUUUUACGUGAAUUUCAAGUGUUUGUGGCAUUCUAAAAUCUCAUACAUAUGCGGUAAUUGAAGAAACUAGAAACCUGAAAAAAUGUAAUAUUUGAUGCUGUUUCAAUUUAACGUGUACACGAAAUAGUUUAGGUUCUUUAAUUUCCUUGUUCUGAAAGAAAACGUUUCUUGUCUUUCCUGAAAAGUUACUAAAAUGAACAUAAUUAUAAGAUUUCCUACGUCGGCCAACGAUAUGUUUCUAUUAGCAGCGUUGGUAUGUGACUGUGAACUUAAAAUUGUAUAAUAUUUUAGAUAGUUUGUAAAUAGGGUUGUUGUGUUAUAUUGCAGGUUCUGUUGAAAUAAAUAGAAAUUCAGUUACUGUAUAUGGAAAACCUAAAAGUUCUUUAUAACAUUACUGGGACAUUUUACAAGAGCCUUAUUAAAUGUAAAAUUUUCAAAUAUUCUCCAUUGUUUUAGGAAAUAAGUUCAAAAUUUCAGUUGAUUUCCAUCAAAACUAACUCUGCACUGAAAGUAUCGUAAUUAUGAGCUAUUAAAUAAAUAUUACGUUUGUAUUUAAAAUCAUUAUAGGUGUAGAAAUGCAUUUGCACAUAUGAAUCUUAAAGAUGCUGCAAAACGCACUUGAAACACCUGUCCUUUCGGCACUAACCUGUGUACUUUGGACCUAAAUUUUGAGAAAGUUUGAUUGGAGAAAUACCUCUUUCAUUCGCUUUGCUGGGAUACAUCCGCGUACGCGUGUUGCAGAUGAAUGUAAGAAAUAAUCGCUUAAUUAUAAUAUUUUGAGUUUUUUUUUCGGAGUGGCUCAGUUUUUAAAGCUUGUAAUUCUGUAAAUACCACGUACUAUGUAGUCAGUUUUUUUCAAGAGAAGUUAUCAGAAUUGAUAUGUUACAAAGUUCAGUGAGUGUCACUUGAUAUCUUGAAAAUCUUCUGUAUUAAUAAAUGUGAGGUGACCGAUUAUAAAUUUUGCUCAGUGUAUAUUAUAACAAGUUUCACACUGAUAAGAAAUUGAUACUUGUGUGGAAUUGACUUGUACUUUCCAUGGCGUAUUUCAUACCUUAUAUCAGUCAUUGUAUUUUGUUUGAAUGUUUUAAUUAUAUUAGUUGUGCAUGUUGGUAAGUGUAUAUACAUAAAUACAGUGGUAAUUUUAUCAUUUGACACUUUGUAUUGGUCAAAUAUUUAUAUAGACAGUGAUAAUUGUUAUUAUAGUGCCUUAUAUGAACUUUUUGUAUUUUUGCAUAAGUCAUUGUUUUUGAUAUUAUUCUAUGUUAUGAAUUGAUGCAAAUGUACAGAAACAAUUAUUAUUAUUAUUAUUAUACCGCAUAAAUAGAUUUUACCACGUGACAAAGAUCUUUAUUGUUGAACUUAGAUAAACUGUAUUUUUCACAA